AUGCCACCAGCCACCAACAGCGGUCAAACAAGAGCACAGAAAGCGAAAUCGUCAGACAGUAAUGAAAAAUUUGUUGCUGAAAUGGCACUAGUAGAUCUCCAAGACCUUCGAGCUCGAGAAAAAGCAUAUUAUACACAAUGGCGCACAAAAGAAGAUCAAUUGACUGCCCUUCUCGUAAAGAUAGCUAGUCUCGAUCUCACGACCAUUAAUUAUCAGCAGCUUAUUGACUUGAUGUCUGAUGCACUAAAUUUAUUGGGUGAAGUUAGUGAAAGAUGGAGCAAACUCACACAAUUCUUUGCUACGCUCGCUGGUCGUGCUGAGAUAAUUUCAAAUGCAAUGCUUCCUCAACUCAUUGAGCAUUUCAAGGAAGCUGGUGCAAGUGAGCUACGGCCUAAUGAAAGAUCGUGGUAUUUUGACUCACUAAAAAAGGCGACAAAGGGCAUCAAGUUACAAUCGUAUAUAUUGUUCAUCAUGUCUCGUACGUAUACUGAUAUGUCUAACAAGUUUCUUCUUCCACGAUUGGCUGGACUUGCGAAACUUCUAUCACCAAAAAACGACACGAUGCGAAUAAAGAUGGGAAAAGAGCUCGAUAAGGCCUCCAAAAAGGCGCAAACAGAAGUUCAGGCGUAUAUUACUAAACGUCACAACGCUUAUGUAAAAGCAGUACGUCAACUAGAGAUAGAAAAUACUAAGCUUGUAACUAAAUUGGGUGGUUCAUCGAAGGAAAAUCAAGCUGCUAUUGCAGAAGGCAAAAAACGACAACAACAGGUUGGCUGGUUUACUUAA